GAUACUUUCUCUCACGGAUUACCUUUUAUUUAGUGGGUUUCAAAUAAAACUUAGUCUUCAGUGUUUCUGUAUAUAAAUUCAAAAGGACGGGAAUCUCUAAGGUUGUAGGUCAUCCUUGUAAUCUUUUUACUUGAUUUCUUUCUUUUUCCCCUUACUUGGCACAGGUAGCUAUGACAGACGACGGUGUCGAUCACUCGCAAGGCGCGAAUGAAAACCAAUGUGAUGAUGAUGGGUUUUCUAGCGCAAGUGACGAUGAUAACGACGCAGUUGAGGUUACUUUUGAUUCAGGCAAUCCUUACCGGAGGAAAAGCUCUUUCAUACAUAGUGAAGCGACCACGGACCAGUUUGCGACAUCCAGGUCCAGGCCAUCGCCAACUCAGUGCUUAGUGCAUCAGUUUCUUGAGGGCCAUAGGUAUGAUGAGCCUAAAAGCGUUGACCGAAAUCACGAUAAGCAAAAACACGAAGAGAUCACUAGCGAGGUUGGCCUAGAUGAAUAUGUCGAACCUAAAGGAAAGACUGCUAGCCAGCCUGAGCACACACCUGCAACAGAAGCAGACAGCGAUUUCAGCAAUGAUAUAGGUCAAGUUGAUGAGAGAGCAUGGAGCAAAGCCGUCAAAAAAGGCAAAGCUGGUUUAGAUCAUAACCAGAGCCUCAACAGUCGACUACUUACAAAAAAACAGCUGACUGAUAUGGCCUGGGGAGUCCGGGAGCUUAGUAGAAGAUUGGGAAAUAUAAGACUCAAGUUUAAGGCCAGGAGCAUCUUCCUCUUAACAAAAGCGUAUGACCAUGAAUUAAUACCGAAGACGAGAGAGGUUGCGAAAUGGCUCCUUAGUAAAGAUAGGGACGUUCGGUAUACUGUCUACGUGGAAAAAAGCUUGCAGGGCAAUAAAGGAUUCGAUGCGCCUGGAUUGUUACAGGAACUUCAACAAGAGUAUAUGGACGCCGGUCAGAUGGACAGCAAUACUCCAAAGGGUACACUGGACUGUCGCUUGCGUUACUGGAACGAGAAUAUGUGCCACGUGCGACCACACACAUUUGAUUUCAUUAUUACCCUUGGAGGCGAUGGAACAGUGCUGUAUGCUAGCUGGCUAUUUCAACGAAUAGUGCCACCGGUACUGAGUUUCUCGCUGGGUAGUCUCGGAUUUCUUACCAAGUUCGAUUUCAAUGAGUACCAGGACAUACUCUCUACAGCCUUUAGAGACGGCAUGACAGUAAGCUUGCGCCUGCGAUUUGAGGGAACUAUAAUGAGAACUCAAAAGAAGGCGAAUCAACCGGAUCAGAUUAACUAUGUAGACGAGAAAGGGGUUCAUCACAAGCGAGAUCUUAUAGAGGAACUUAUCGGUAAGGAACGGGAGGAUGAACAUACUCACAGACCAGAUGGCACUUAUGAGAUUCUCAAUGAGAUCGUGGUAGAUAGGGGACCAAAUCCAACAAUGUCCAAUACCGAAAUCUUCGGGGACGACGAACACUUCACAUCUGUGCUCGCAGACGGAAUAUGCGUCUCGACACCUACGGGCUCAACAGCUUACAAUCUCGCAGCAGGCGGUUCACUCUGCCAUCCAGAAAACCCGGUAAUGCUCGUGACUUCAAUAUGUGCGCACACGCUAUCGUUCCGACCUAUCAUCUUGCCAGAUACGAUCGUGCUGCGUAUCGGAGUGCCGUACGACGCGCGCACCCACAGCUGGGCUAGCUUCGAUGGUCGCGAACGCGUCGAACUCUUCCCCGGCGACUACGUGACUAUCAGUGCUAGUCGGUUCCCGUUCGCCAGCGUCCAGCCGCAAGGACGAAGAAGCGAGGAUUGGGUCAAGAGCAUCAGCGCGAAGCUCGGCUGGAACACGAGGCAGAAACAGAAAAAUGAGGGAUAUCGACGGUGGAAUAGUUAGAUGGGGUAGAGGUUGGCUUGGAGUUCAGGGUGUAUGCUUAGAUUGGACUAGCGGGUCUUUAAGAAGGAGUUCUAGACUGGUUUUGUAUCUAGAGCUGGGGGUGAUAAAGGGGUAUCUAAUUGUGCGAAACAUCGGGUUUCAAGUCAGCCGUGGUAUCAGUAUGAGGUGUAUGAGGUAUCUAAGCUACGUUGACGAUUCUGCUUGCGCAUCUAUAGCCAGGUGAUAAAAAUCAUAAGACGUAGGACUGCUACAGGUCCUAACCCCCAAGAUCGACGAUACAAAGCAUUCAUAAGUCCGUAACCGGUUCUAAUAAGGUAUUCAUCAUGUC